AUGGGUGCAAGAUCAGGCUCACCUGUGUCUAGUUCUGUAUCUAUGAAAAGUGACCUUUCAAAAGGUGAUGGACCAAACUUCAGUGAGCAACAACCAUCAUCUAGCAGAAGUGAAAGAUCAGGUUCACCUGUGUCUAGUUCUGUAUCUGUGAAGAGUGACCGUUCAAAAGGUGAUGGACCAAACUUCAGUGAGCAACAACCAUCAUCUAGCAGAAGUGAAAGAUCAGGUUCACCUGUGUUUAGUUCUGUAUCUGUAAAGAGUGACCGUCGAAAAGGUGAUGGACCAAACUUCAGCGAGCAACAACCAUCUUCUACCAAAAGUGAAAGAUCAACCUCACAUGUGUCCUUUACUGAGGAAACACCAUUGCAAAACAAAAGUGAAAGGUCAGGUUUACCUGUGUCUAGUUCUGUAUCUGUGAAGAGUGACCGUUCAAAAGGUUGA